AUGUGGUACCUUUCCCAGUUUAAUCGGCUGGCGCUGAGAGCCCACAACAACAAGUUUGUGUGCCGACACGGCGGCGAUGGUGCCCUGAAGGCGAGCUUCAUGCACAGUCGCCAGGCAUGGCUGAAGAAGAACCAGGAGGUGUUCGAGAUCGAGUGGCACGGCGGCCUGAUGGAUGGCGACGCCUUUGGAGCGCGCGCGCGUAGCGUGAGCCACCCACACCCGCACGAUCACCAGCGGCGCCAUCUGCUGACCGCCUCCAGCUCCGAUGCCACGUCGCGCAGCCAGGACACGGAGGUCUCGCCCUUCCUUGCUCUGCGGGCCGACAACGGGCGCUAUUGGCGCGUGACCUAUCCCGACGGCCUACUGAUAGCCACUGGCACGGACCAAAAGACGUCGGCAGACCCUGCUGUCUCAAGCGGAGGCGACGCUGAAGCACAAUCGGGCGGAGGGGACGACACGCCGCCACCACGGUGCGGACGCACGGACGAGGAGCUGUUCACGAUCGAGGUGCACCACGCCAACACGCUCACCAUUCGCAACAAGGCCACGGGCACCUAUGUGGAGGUGCGCGAGGACGGCUCGCUUAGGUGCGACCCGUCCGCCGCGCUGCAGCUCUGCAUCAAGGACGCACAACUCUUCCAGCUCGCCUUCAAGGUCGCCUUCAAGACGGCCCAGGGCUUGUUUGUGAGCGUGCUGCCGAACGGCGGACUCGUGCCAUCGUGCAAGAGGAUCGACAGAAAGGAGGUAUUCCUCAUCCAGCUGCGGUCGCGGAACACGUGUACCAUCUCCACCACCAAGAAACGAUGCUGGCGCGUGGGCAAGAAGGGCGUGGUGGCUGCCGAUGGCAAGCCGACCAACGAGCCGGCGAAGGAGGAGCUCUUCACAAUCGAUUGCCCCGUCAACGGUCACGGCGUGGGGUGGACGAUACGCUCUUGCUCCCACCUUCUCUACCUUCGUCCCGAGGGCAACAAGCGAAUCAUCGCCGACAGCGAAUAUUCGCCAUCGACGUCGACGCCGCAGGACCCCAAUUGCUACUUCUCGCUGGUGUUCCCCGAGAAGGGCGAGGCGGAAGAGGAGGAGCCGAGCCCCGUGGUCGAAGAGCGAAGGAGGCACACCAUACGCGAGAGCGGGGGAGUCAAAAAGCUGCGGCGCAUCAUCGAAGCAUUCGAGAUGAGGACCGAGGAGCUGCCGCUCGAGGACCAGAAGGAUCCCGAGUACCGCUUGCUUGAGGGCGAACGAAUGGUGUUGCUCAAGCACCACCUGCUGUCGUUCCACCGCUGCGAAGCGGCCAUGGGCACGGCGGUCCUCACCAACUACCGCCUCGCUUUCUGUCCUGACGACCCCAAAGCUGCGGAGAAAGGCGCGCAUUGCUUCUCGUUUCCGUUGACCAUCAUCACCAAGAUCACCAAGGUCGGACCCAUCACUACUGAGGCUGGUAACUAUCGUGGCCUCCAGGUCGUGCUCAAGGACUUCCGCACCUACUACUUCUGCUCCAUUCCCUUCACCUCCAUCCGGAAACCCAAG